UCAACAGCAGUCUUCAUGUGUCUAUAUCCCACACGGAGCUUUCACAACAACUGGAGUGGUGGCUGGUAGGGAGAAAAAUGCAGAAUUGCUACUGUGCAUGAUACUACGGAGAUAAACAGAGAAGAAAACAGGAUUGUCAGCCUCUGUAGUCUUGGAAAGGACUGGUGCUAAUUCCUUGAUUGGGUGAAUGCAAAGAAGGGAGAGGAGUAAGGAAGAAUAGUAUGUUGCAGUUUAACAUGCAGCGACAGUUUCCUUUCCUAAAACAUAAAGACAGAGAGAGGGAAGCACCAGAUGUCUUCCUGCAGCCUGACAAGGGGAAGGAUAAUGAAGGUAUGAGUGUAGACAAGCAGAGUGGCUUUUCUGAUACCGCUCCAUUGAACUCCCACCCCCUACUACUCCUGGGACCUGACGGGAAUUACAACUAUUACGUGGAUGAUGAAGAUGAGGAAGAGGAAGACAAAGAACAAGGAAAAUGGCCAAGCGGAGAUACAUUUGGGGAAGAAAACAAGCCCUCGUCAUCCAUUCCCUUCUCCCCUGCCCUUUUCUCUGGAGCCCCGACCACAGCUUCCACUUCGUCCAUACUGAACAUCAACGUUGGCGGCCAAACCUACCGUCUCACCUACCAGGCAGUGGCCAUCUAUCCCAAGACCCGCCUGGGCCGCCUGGCUACCUCCACUGACCGUCGCUGCCAGCUGGGCCUGUGCGAUGACUACACUGCCCAGGUAGAUGAGUAUUUCUUUGACCGGGACCCGGCCGUCUUCCAGCUGGUGUACAACUUCUAUGCCUCAGGGGUGCUGCGCGUGCGGGAUGAGCUGUGCCCUCGUAGCUUCUUGGAGGAGCUGAGCUACUGGGGCGUGCGGCUCAAAUACACACCUCGCUGUUGCCGCAUCUGUUUCGAGGAGCGCCGUGAUGAGCUGAGUGAGCAGCUGAAGGUCCAGCGCGAGCUGCGCUCCCAGGCAGAAGCUCAGGAGAACGAGCAGCUCUUUCACCACAUGCGCUACUAUGGUCCCCAGCGCUGGCGCCUCUGGAACCUCAUGGAGAAGCCCUUCUCCUCUGUCACCGCCAAGGUGAUGGCAGUUGCCUCCAGCUUCUUCGUGCUCAUCUCUGUGGUGGCCCUGGCACUCAACACGGUGGAGGAGAUGCAGCAGGUCGACCGGAAGAGCGGGGAGAGCAGGCCUGUCUUAGAGCACAUUGAAACGAUGUGCAUCGCAUUCUUCACACUGGAGUACCUGCUGCGCUUGGUCUCUACCCCAGACCUGCGCCGCUUUGCCAGCAGCGCCCUCAAUGCUGUAGACCUCAUUGCCAUCCUGCCCCUCUACCUACAGCUGCUGCUUGAAUGCUUUGCUGAUGUUGACCAGCCCCGAGGUCGGGGCUCUCAGCACGAGCACGACAUUGAGAAGGUGGGACGGGUGGGCAAGGUGGGACAAGUGCUUCGCAUCAUGCGCCUCAUGCGCAUCUUCCGCAUCCUCAAGCUGGCCCGCCACUCCACUGGGCUGCGUGCCUUUGGAUUUACCUUGCGCCAGUGUUACCAGCAGGUCGGCUGCCUUUUGCUCUUCAUUGCCAUGGGCAUCUUCGCCUUCUCUGCCAUGGUCUACACAGUGGAGCACGAUGUCUCCAGUACCAACUUCACCAGUAUCCCCCAUGCUUGGUGGUGGGCUGCCGUCAGCAUCUCUACAGUGGGAUAUGGAGACAUGUGUCCAGAAACUCACCUGGGCCGCCUGUUUGCUUUCCUCUGCAUUGCAUUUGGAAUAAUCCUGAAUGGAAUGCCCAUCUCCAUUCUCUACAACAAAUUCUCAGACUAUUACAGCAAGCUGAAGGCAUAUGAGUACACGGCUCUCAAGAAGGAAAGGGGGAAGGUGGACUUCACACGGAGAGCCAUGAAGAAAAUAUCUGAAUGCUGUGGAGAAGGUGCAACCCACCCUUUGUCACAGCGCUGAUACAGUUUGUGCUUUGGAUAUUGGGAGGGAACAGAGAUGCUGAAGGAGAAAGAAGAUAAACAGAUCAGCCAAGCUAAGGGAAGAUAAACUGAAAAGGCCAACAGUAACAAAAGUAGAUGGUGAGAUCUGUUGUGAAGGGGGUUGUUUUCAAAAGAAAAAAGGCUCAGAUUACAAUAGAUUUUUUUUUUUGGCUUUCCUAGGUUGUGAACAGCACUUAAGUGCUCGUCAACUAUCUUGAAUGACAUUCUUCAAAUCAGCCACCCAGAAACAAUGAAUUAGACCCAAAUGAAUAUGUAGCACUCUGCUACUGAUUAGACCCACAAUAAAGGCUCACCAUAAUCACAGCAAUGGAUAAAAAAUUGCUGCCAUUAAGGGUCAGCCACCUCAGCCCUGUCAAGGCAAUCUCAAAAAUUAAACAAAUAGAACGCCCAAUAUACUGACAGCAUUGUUAAAACUAGUUUUGCACCAGCUUUCAAAACCAGGAAAAGAGCCUAGAGCAUUUAGCUGAAUAUUAGCAACAUUUAUAGUCCUUAAGAUUUCAGCUUCUAUUUCCACUGUCAGAUAGCUAUGCUUCACUGUUCCAAUUUUAUUUUUCAAACACAGUCCUGCAAAUGAUUCCCAUUUUCAUAUUUAAGCAAGCAGCACACUGCUUUUAGUAUUCUCCUCCACCACCAUCUCCAUAUUCAUCUUUCAGUAUGCCAAGAACUAGAAAAGAAGUCUGGAGUCUGAGUUGAUAAAUGUCAUUGCUCAGCUUUGAAAACAUUUCCAAACCAAAACCUUCUUUAAGUAUAGGAUUAAGUGAUAAAUUAAAUUUAUUUCAGAGCAUAUAAUGUAUCUAUGUAUUGAAUUGUUAGAAUAAUAAUAGGCCUGUUGCGGGACAUAAGUAUUAAAGCAGCAUUUAAAAAAAUAAUCAAAUGAAACAUGUAAUGGAUAAUAGCUUAUAAAGACUUUUCAUACAAAGGAUCUUAUCAGCACUUAUCUGUAACCAAUUUUAAAUAUAAUUUAAAGUCAAGAUACUUUGUCUGGUGCAUACAGCCACUAAGGACACAAUUUUGACACCUUAGCUCACCCCCAGUAGUAUCUCACUUCCUAAGGUUACUGAGCCUUCUUGCACAGCUGGAUGCAAUGUCUCAUGAGUCAGAAACUCACCCCAAAACCUGUGAAACAAAUAACAGCAACAAAUCAAAUCUAUGUUUCAUGUAUUAGUUCACGGCAUAUCGGAAAUAUUCUUUUUAUGUAGGCGCAGUCACACCAGUUUAGAAAUAGUAAUCUGAAAAACAGAUUUGAAAAAAAUUGUUAUUUUAUUGAUAUUCAGAUACAAAUGGUGUUGAAAAACAGAAAAAAGGGUAACAAAAAGAGACAAUGGUAACAGUCACUGAUAUGACCCAUGGCUGAUAUUAGCAGCACUCUUGCUGCAAAACAGCCUGAUGGCAGAGAUGCAGUUUAAAAUUCUUGAACUCUCA